UUUAGGGUAGUUCACAAUGAAUACCUGGAAUUAUACAAAUAAGCCUGACUUCAUCCUCAUGGGGCUGACAGAUUCUAAGGAGGUUCAGCUCGUCCUAUCUGUGCUUUUUCUCCUGAUAUACCUGGUCACUCUUCUGGGAAACAUAGGCAUGAUACUGAUCAUCCAUCUAGAUGCUCAGCUUCACACUCCAAUGUAUUUUUUUCUCACCCACCUGUCAUUCCUUGACCUCAGUUACUCAACUGUCAUCACACCUAAAACUUUAGAAAACCUGCUGACUUCCACGAAGAACAUUUCAUUUGUGGGCUGCUUCACUCAAAUGUAUUUUUUUGUCCUUUUGGCAGCUACUGAGUGUUUUCUUCUGUCUUCAAUGGCCUAUGAUCGGUAUGUAGCUAUCUGCAAUCCUCUACAUUAUUCAGUCAUUAUGUCCAACAGAUUCUGCAGUUUUCUUCUUACUGGGUCAUAUGUGUUUGGAGCUGUGGAUUCUACUGUCAAUAUGUUAUGCAUGGGUACACUAGAUUUCUGCAACUCCAAUGUCAUCCAUGACUUUUUUUGUGACACAUCCCCACUUAUAGCCCUCUCAUGCAGCAACACACAUGAUAUUGAAUCCAUUAUAUUCAUUUUUGCUGGUUCCACUCUACUAUUAUCCCUUAUUGCAAUAUUUGCAUCUUAUGUGUCUAUUCUCUCUAACAUUUUGAAGAUCAAUUCCACUUCAGGAAAGCAAAAGGCCUUUUCAACUUGUGCCUCUCAUAUCCUGGCAGUUACCAUAUUUUAUGGCACAAUGAUCUUCACACAUUUAAAAUCAAAUAAGUCUUUCUCCUUGGGAAAGGAUCAAGUGGCCUCUGUGUUUUAUACCAUUGUGAUUCCCAUGCUGAACCCACUCAUCUAUAGUCUCAGAAACAAAGAAGUAAAAUGUGCUAUUGAUAGAAUUAUAAAGAAAAGAGAGAAAAGUUUGGACUAUUAAGGUAACAAUUAUGCCAAGGGUCAAGUUUUUUCUUUGUUCACAUUAUCCCCUUGGCUUUUC